AUGAAUUAGUAAAAGGAUGGACUUUUUUUUUAAAGUUCCUUAUUUGUUGCAGAAUUGUGUGAGCCUUUAUCUAUUAUGGAUUAUUGGUAUGAAGAUGAAAAUAAAGAAAUCUAACCAAAAAUUAUGAAAAUAGAGAAAUUAGAAAAAAUAGAGAAACCAAAAAUUAAAUCUCAGAGAAGUUAUCUUUCUUUAAAUAAAAUAGUUAACAGUCAAUCGUUCUUAGAAAAAAGAUCCUUAUGGGUCUGAUUGGGCUUAAGGAAUUUUAGCUAAAUAAUUUGGAGUUUAAAUAAGUUAAGGAAGUUAGAAUCAAAGUCCUAAAUGGACAAUAAAAAAAAUAUAACCGCUAGAUUUUUCAUAAAAUAAUGCUUCAAUAAAUCCAAAAAUUGCAAAAGUAUUUUAUAAUUUUUAAUUUAGGAGUCUAAGACAUAAGAAAAAUUAUUUAGACAGACAGCAACUGAAAGUCACAGAAAAAGAUUAGGUCAUGUAAUCAAGUAGUAUUAAUAAUCAUUUAAUGGUUAAAUUCCUUCACAAUUUUAAUAAAGUUUGCUGCAUUACCAAUAGAAAUUACCUUCUAUUCCAUGA